AUGAAGAAUCGGUGUGCAUACAUCCAGUACAUGCCGAACAAACGACAUGCGAGGUUUGGAGUGAAGAAGUUCGAGCUUGUUGACUCCAAAACCAUGUAUGUCAUACAUAUUGACAUGUAUUCUGGGAAAGACCAUCUGGCAGAGGAACAUGCUCCUUUCACACAGAAGGUUGUUAUGAAUCUGUUAGAACAGGGAGGAUGUCUUUAUAAAGGCUACCAUGUCUUUACCGACAACUUCUACACGAAGUUGCCCCUAGCGCAGCUACUGUUGGAUAACAACACUUUUUUGACAGGGACUGUGAACAAGAACUCAAUGGACCUGUCAAAAUCUGUGCUGAGAACUGUGCUUGGUCCGCAAAAGUCUGUGUACUUCAGGCGAGGCCCGGUUCUUCUUGUUGGUUACAAGCAGAAGAAACCUACAAGAAAGCCGGUCUACCUGAUUUCGACUGCGUACCAUGCAGAGGACAGGGUUAUCCGCAGUCGUAAAAGUGGUUUGGAGGCCAUCAAACCUGUUCUUAUAGAUAAGUACAACCAGCUGAUGGGUGGAGUUGAUUGUAAGGACAAAUCCCUCUACCACUGGUCAUGUACUCGAAUUACUCGCCGCUACUGGAAAAAGUUAUUUUUCAACCUCCUAGACAUGUGUGUGUCGAAUGCAUAUGUUGUGUACGCACAUCAGUGCAUUCCUGAUGCACCCAUGGACAGGAAAAACUUUAUCCUGGAGGUGAUACAAAGCCUGACUUCUGCCUCUGAGCCUGAGCCCAUUCAUAUUCCUGACCUUGGAGGUGAUGGUCCUUCACAUCAAGCGGAGCACCUACCGUCAAAUCUGUUGAGGGUCUGCGGCGUAUGUGGGAAGAGAUCCAACCGUUGGUACCCUGGAUGUAAUAUUGGGGUCCACAAUGCGUGUGAGCUACUACUGAAACAUUACUGGCGUCCCAAAUACUGCGGCAGGAAAAAGAAGCGCGCACCAAGCUGUUCAAGCGACUCGGACUAA